AUGGCUAUGGAUCUCCGCGUAGGCACCAAAUACCGUAUCGGUAAAAAGAUCGGAUCCGGUUCUUUCGGUGACAUCUACCUCGGUGUCAACAUCGUCUCCGGUGAAGAGGUUGCCAUCAAGUUGGAGUCCGUCAAGGCCAAGCACCCCCAGUUGGAGUACGAGAGCAAGGUGUACAAGUCGUUGGCCGGGGGUGUCGGAGUGCCUUUCGUCAGGUGGUACGGGACCGAGUGUGAUUACAACGCCAUGGUCUUGGAUCUCUUGGGCCCGUCCUUGGAAGACUUGUUCAACUUCUGUAACCGCAAGUUCAGCUUGAAGACGGUCCUCCUUCUCGCCGAUCAGCUCAUCUCUCGAGUCGAGUACAUUCACUCGCGCAACUUUAUCCACCGAGACAUCAAGCCCGACAACUUCCUCAUGGGAAUCGGCAAGCGAGGCAACCAGGUCAACGUGAUUGAUUUCGGGUUGGCAAAGAAAUACAGGGACCCCAAGACCCACUUGCACAUUCCCUACAGGGAGAACAAGAACCUGACGGGUACCGCUCGAUACACCUCGAUCAACACCCAUCUGGGUGUCGAGCAAUCCAGGCGUGAUGAUCUCGAGUCGCUCGGAUACGUGCUCAUGUACUUUUUGAGGGGAGCUCUGCCUUGGCAAGGAUUGAAGGCUGCUACCAAGAAGCAGAAGUACGACCGAAUCAUGGAGAAGAAGAUGACCACGGCGACCGAGAUCCUCUGUCGAGGAUUCCCCAACGAGUUCCCCAUCUACCUCAACUACUGCCGAUCCCUUCGAUUUGACGACAAGCCCGACUACUCGUACCUCCGAAAACUCUUCAGGGACCUCUUCGUCCGAGAAGGGUUCCAGUAUGACUACGUCUUUGACUGGUCCGUCCAGGGAAAGCCCAACUUGGCCAUGGAGCAACAGAGGGCGCGUGAGGCCGGGCAGGACGCUUCGGGUGCGCAACAGCAGGCGACCGAGAACCAGAGGCAGUUGAGGUCGUCCACUAGGAUGGCCGGUGCCGGAGCUGGAGCUGGGAGGGAGGCGCCCGCUGGGAACUGGUAG